UUCAACACCUCUCAUUCAGUAUCUCAGAUAAAAUCUCCUAAAAAUCUUCUUCCUACAGUUUAACCACAAAACAAACAAUGUCUUCGAACAAGAUUGUGUUGACAUGCUCUGAUGGCGAGUCUUUCGAAGUCGAGGAAGUGGUGGCGAGAAAAUUGAAGAUUGUAGAGCAAAUGAUCGACAAGGACUGCCCCGACAAAGCAAUCACCCUUGAAAACGUUACAGUGAAGAUCCUCGGCCUGGUCAUCGUGUAUUGCAAAAGACAUGCUGAUGAGCCUCGCCCUGGUCGUCGUGUAGCAGCUGAGAAGGCGGAGAAGAUGCUCGAGGAUUGGGACAAGGAGUUCAUGAAGAGUCUUGAUGUUGAUACGAUCUUGCAACUCAUGGAAGCUGCUAGCGAUCUCAACGUCAACGGUGGUAGUCUUCUUGAUCUCACUUGCAAGUCCAUUGCAGAUUCCAUGAAAGACAAGAGUGUUGAGGAAAUGCGAAAACUCUUCAAUAUUGUGAACGAUUACACUCCCGAAGAAGAAGAAGCGAUUCGCAAGGAACAGGCUUGGGCUUUUGAAACUCUAAACCGAAACCGUCGCUCUUAGAUUUGUUUCUUUUCUUUUUCUUUUCGAAUAAAAGAUUUGAUGAAUGGCUUAUGUUUAUGUUUCUCAAGUAUGUGAUCAACUUUAAUGGCUUAUGUUUCAUCUCCA